AGAGAGAGUAUAAAACAGUGUUACCACAGUUGUGGACACACUAGACUCACCACCAACACCAACAACACUGUUGCUCUCCUUCUCUCAGAUUGUCAUUGCAAUGGAGACUUGGACUGUUUUAAGUAUAUGUUUGGUGUCCUUGGUGGGGGGAGCCUACACUAAGGACAACACCUGGGGAGGCCUCUACCCACGUGAAUCUGUGAGUCGGGAAGUUCGUUCCCUUGAUGGAUUGUGGAACUUCCGCCUCUCCCCGCUGCAGGACCCAGAUAAAGGCUUUAGAGAGGAAUGGUAUUCCCAACCCUUAGCAAGGUCUACAGGUUCAGUGAUAUCCAUGGCCGUCCCCAGCAGCUACAACGAUGUGACUCAGGACAAGGCACUUCGCGACCAUAUUGGCUGGGCAUGGUAUGAUCGUACAUUCUUUGUUCCUACAAGAUGGCAGACGGACAAACUAAGAGUAGUGUUACGUCUUGGGUCUGCUCACUAUAAUUCAAUUGUUUACCUCAAUGGUCUCUCUCUGACCUCGCAUGAGGGAGGUCACCUUCCAAUUAUGGCAGAGAUAACCUCAGGUUUGGUGUAUGGGAGAGAGAAUCUUAUCACAGUGGCUAUCAACAACACACUCACACCUGAAACGAUACCCCAGGGUAGUAUUACUUACCAUGAUAACCCUACAAGAUAUCCACCAGGCUACUUUACACAGUCGUACAACUUUGACUUCACAAACUAUGCUGGUCUUCACCGUCCUGUCUACAUUUACACAACACCUCCGACGUACAUUGAUGACAUCUUGGUGACCACCGAUAUUAAUGGAUCUGAUGGCAUCAUUAGCUACAAUAUUACAACUGCUACAAGCCAGAUGGGACCCAAGAAGAAGAAGCAGUCUGAUAGUGUUGGUUGUUCCAUUAAGCUACUCAAUAAUGAUGGUGACCACGUUACAAGUGCCAUGGGUUGUCAAGGUUCUAUUAUGGUUGUGAAUGCUAGUUUCUGGUGGCCCUACCUCAUGUCUGACAACCCAGGAUAUUUGUACACUCUAGAGGUGGCAGUAUCAGAUGAUGCUGGAAAUAUUGAUCAGUACCCCCAAAAAAUAGGCAUUCGUACUGUUAGCUGGAACUCAACUUCUCUUAUGAUUAACAACGAACCGGUGUACCUUCGAGGCUGUGGCAAACAUGAAGAUUCUGAUAUCCGAGGAAAGGGGUUAGACUACCCUCUCAUAGUAAAGGACUUCAGUUUAUUGAAGUGGCUGGGAGCAAACAGCUUUCGUACUUCUCACUACCCCUAUGCUGAGGAGAUCAUGGAUAUGGCUGAUCAGGAAGGAAUUAUGAUUGUUGAUGAAUGUCCAGCUGUUGGUCUCAGUGGUUUUGAUGAGCCAUUAAUGAAUAAACACAUAUCUGUGAUGCAAGAGCUAGUACGUCGAGACAAGAAUCGACCCAGUGUCAUCAUGUGGAGUGUCGGUAAUGAGCCGCAGUCAAACCAAGAAGCUGCCAAGGACUAUUUCAGCAAUGUGGUAAAUGCAACCAAAGCUGAUGAUCCAUCUCGCCCAGUCACUUGUGUGCUGUCUUAUGACAAAAGUUCGGAACAUGCUGCAAGCAGUCUUGAUGUGAUCCUGGUGAACCGCUACUACUCAUGGUACAGCGACACUGGCCACUUGGAAGUCAUCAAGCCACAGACCAUCACAGAGUUUACAGAGUGGCACAAACUCCAUAAUAAACCAGUCAUGAUCUCAGAGUAUGGAGCCGGUUCCAUUGCAGGUUUUCAUAUGGAUCCAGAAUUCACAUGGACUGAAGAGUAUCAGGCUGAGCUGAUGAUUCAGAACUUUGAAGCUUUUGAUGAGCUUCGCAACCAAGGCUUCUUCUUCGGGGAGAUGAUCUGGAACUUCGCUGACUUUGCUACUCCACAGGAGUACAACCGACCUGGUGCUUGUAUGAAGGGUCUCUUCACACGAGCUCGACAACCAAAAAUGGCAGGACAUUUGAUGAGAUAUCAUUACUGGUCACUGGCACAAAAGCUCAAUAAUGCUACCAUUCCUGGGGAUGCAAGGAGGCUUUCGCUUUUCUAUAAAUUAUAAUGUCACUGUUCCUGUUUAAUGUAAGAAUGACAACAGAAUCUAGUAUAUAUUUUAAUUAUUUUUAUUCUUUUUGAUUAAUUAAUGUCAUGAUUCAGGUCAGAAAAGAGAAGAUGAAGAUUUUUAAGAUGAAUCCUUGCAGAUUCAUUAAGUAAAAAAAUGAGUAUAUACGUGAUAAUUAUAUUUUUUCUAAAUGAACUGCAGUAAUUAUGAUCAAUGUUAGUUUUAAUGCUGUGUUAAUGUUGUGAUUAUUAUUUAUUGUUAUAACUGAUGAAGAUAGUCUACAUAAGGAUAGUUUAUAAAUGUUGUAAUAGUUACAACAUCAAACUGAGUAAAACAUUUCAUGUUACAAUGUUCACUACACACACUUCUCUCACUUCACAUUUUUACUCAUCUCUUUCCUUGUUCAUCAUCAUUUUUACAAUCACUAGUUCAUUUUUAAGAAAAUGUUAGACAGGCAUUAUCCUUCAGGGCAUUUGUAAAUACAGUGGACCCCCGGUUUAUGAUAUUAUUUCAUUCCAGAAGUAUGUUCAGGUGUCAGUACUGACCGAAUUUGUUCCCAUAAGGAAUAUUGUGAAUUAGAUUAGUCCAUUUCAGACCCCCAAACAUACACAUACAAAUGCACUUACAUAAAUACACUUACAUAAUUGGUCGCAUUGGGAGCUGAUCGUAAACCGGGGGUCCACUGUAUUAGGAUAGCCACAAGUUGCUAUCUAGUCACGAACAACAGUCAUUAUAUUCUAUACAGUUAUGAAGAGAGGUCUGCAUGGUUGACUUAGAGUGAACCCUUGGUAUAACAGACUAGUGGAGCGAAAGAGCGUCUGUUGCAUUAAAAUUAUGAAAUUUAUUUUCCAUGAUGGUAGCAAACAAAUGCCUGAUGCAGCAACUCGGUCCAUCAAAUGGGGAACCCACCAGACAUCUACCACAAACGAACAAAUUCCCCGUGCAGUGGACUUAGCUCUUCAGAUCUAAACAAUACUAGACACACUAAGAAUGAACUAUAAUGCACUAAAGUAGAUUACUUGAAAACAAUUAAGAGUUCAAAUUAUUGUAUAGAUGUACAGUACAGCAAUUUUUCAUACCUUAUGAGGUGGAUAGAUGAGAUCCAGUGUGCAUUAACCUCAGGCAUUAACUUAGCAUAUCUUUUAUUCUCGGAGUUAUAAAGUUUUAAUAGUGAAAUUACAGAUAUGUUAAAUGUGGAUGGUUGAGGAGAUGUAGAUGGUAGAGUCCGACUUUUGAAUGGUUUAGGUGACUUAGAAUGAGGAACAGGUUUAAAGAAGGGAUCCAGCUUCAGUUAUGUAUGAUAAGGUAGAAGUAUCAAUAUGACAAAUUCCCUAAAAUGUGAAGUGUGGAUAAUAGGCCUGUGCUUCUCUCUUGUCCAAUUGUCCAGUUCUGUAUCUCUCGGCAUGUUCUUGAUUGUUCUCCAACACAUCUGGAUCUCUGGUAUCUUCCAGCUUUUACUCCUCAAUCACUACCAAUACUUCAUCUAAGUAUUUAGACUGGUACAAGUUCUUGCAGGCUGAAUAACCUUCUGAUCAGGAUCAGGUACAUAUUAACAGUGGUACACAAACAUAGCCUUUAUUUUACCCCUCACUACUGCUGAAAUUUGUAUCACUUAGGUGAACAGAUGUGUUGCUAAGAAGAACCUUGACAUCCUGGGGAUCAAGUUUAAGGAUCUCUAGCUGGUGCUUACCUACUUCAGGAACAAAAUGUUUAAAAACCUGUUGCCAAAUACAUUCCUGUCAAACCAGCCUUUCUUACCUCUUGUAAUAAUUGACUGCCAACCCUUUUAUGCAAUCCUUUAAAACGCUUCGCUGUGUUGAUUUGCCUGUCACCAUCAGUUUGAAAUGAUCAAGAAGCGAUUUUUGCUGAGAUUAAGAUCUGAUGCCCUUUCGAGUUGUUUUCCUGGUAAACCAGCGUGCAUUUAUAAACUAUGCUAAAGAAUUGUUUGAUCUUUUAUAACUUAACACUAAGAACAAAUUUUAAAUACAAACCCAGAGUUUUUACAUUAUUGUUUAAUCAAUUUCAAGUUGUGAAAUACUGAUUAAAACUGUUAUUCAAUAUGUAGUUGUAUAUUAUACAUACAGUGGUAUGUUUGUAUGGACUUUCAGAUUCUCUUUUGAUUUUCCAUUUAAAUUUUUAAUAUACAAAUAAAAGAAAAUGGUACUUCUAAUA